CCGGAAGUACCUUCAUCAAAUAUGGCUGUUGGCAUUUACGGAUCAAACAAAUAACGAAGGCCAGGAAAACAAGGAAUUACAGAUGGUGCGCACUCUACGUACAGACAUUUGCCACGACAAUGUUUGCGGCGAAAGAGACCGAAGAUAAUUCAAUAUAAUCUGAAAGGCUUAUACUCCAGUCACGAGUAAAAAUGGGGACGUCUAGCCAAGCAGCUGAGAGGCUCAAGACCUUCCUGCGACAAAACUCCAAGGGCUCAAUGAUUCUGAGUGUACCAGAGGGCGAGUACAAAGGAUGGAUUCCCAAAAUCCUCUACACCUUAGAGCUGGAGGAGCUUUACCUCCCGUUCAUGAAGUUGAUGUCUUUCCCAGUAGGGGGCACUGCACUCGGAAGCCUGUCCAGCCUGGUUGUUUUUGACUCCACAGGAAACAACCUCAACCGACUCCCGAACUCUUUCUCUAAUUGUCACGAUUUACAGAAGCUCAACUUGACUUUCAACUGCCUGGAGCAGAUUCCUUCGUCUGUGUUCCGGCUGAAGCAGUUGGUAGAAUUGGAUGUCAGCGAAAAUGACCUGUCGUUCAUCGGCCCGGAAAUUGGGGAGUUGGUCAACCUGCGGCACCUUAACCUUAGCGGGAACAUACUGGAAAGCAUUCCAAAAGAGCUGACGAACUGUCAACGACUGCAGCGACUGAACCUGUCCGGAAAGUGGUAUCCUCGGGGAGGACUCACCACUGUUCCCGAUGCCAUCUGUCAGCUGCCAGACCUCGCGGAAUUGGAUCUCAGCUGGCAUAAGAUCGAGGAGCUCCCUGACGCCAUCGGAGAACUCACCAAACUCCAGACGCUGAGCCUGCAGGGCAAUAUGCUGAAACAUGUGUCGCCAGAAAUUUCAAAAUGCACGAGACUCCAGACGUUGAACUUGACAGGUGCCAUGAAGCUUUUGGCUGUGAUUCCUCCAGGUUUGUUCAGUCUGAAAGAACUGCGGCAUCUAGAUAUGAGUGAUAAUUACUUCACUGAAAUUCCAACUGGGGUCUGCGGCCUGGCAAAGCUCCGUGUGUUCGUCAUGCAGAGGAACGCAUUGCUGCGACUCCCAGAUGAAUUCUUCCUUCUGAAGAACUUGGAAGAGUUGGAACUGAGCGAGAACUAUCUGAGGGAGAUUCCAGCGCGGAUCCGAAAGCUCCAUAAUCUGAAACACCUCAGUAUUUGUCGGAAUGAGCUGCAGUGGCUGCCUAAGGAGAUUUGUGAAUGCAGGGCUCUCAGAGGAAUCGUCUUGUCUAACAACAAGCUGGAAGAAAUCCCAGAGAAAAUAUACAAGCUAUCCAACUUGGAGGAGCUCAACUUGCAGUGCAAUGAACUGAAAUCUCUACCGCUGUUGCUGGAUCGCCUUGAAAAGCUGAUGGUUACAAAACGACUGUACCUCCAGGGAAAUUCUCUCAAGAAGCCACCGCAACAGAUUUGUGACCAAGGAGUAGUUGGGUUGUUCAGAUUCCUGAAGGAGCUCAGAGUCAGCGAGGCGUGUCAUCGCAAAAAGAUGAUCUUGAUUGGAGCCAGCAAGGCUGGCAAGACCAGUCUGCGAAAUGCCCUGCUGCUUGGAUACUCCAAGCUGACAGCAGAGCAUGAGCGAACAUGGGUUUUGGAGCGCCAUCUCUGGGAGCCGCAGUCAGACAUGAGGGUGCAGGUCUUGGACUUUGGUGGGCACCACAUCUACUCUGCUGCACAUCACAUGUUCCUCACCCCUGAAGCCCUGCAUAUAGUUGUGUUUGACUAUUCCAAGUUCAGACCAGACAGCUACGAUUACCAGGUGGGUGACUGGAUCGAUGCUGUCACAGACAGGGCUCCAGGAGCAUCUGUUGUUGUUGUUGGAACGCAUGCCGAUCUUUGUUCAGAGGAACAAAUUUUGGAAGCGAAUGAGAAUAUUCUGAAGACGAUGCACAGAGAAGAAAAUGAGAAACUUCAGGGAAUGAAAGCGGAGUUAGAGCGGCUUGAGAAGUUGCUAAGCUCCCCAGAGGUGCGAGAGAGUUACUCUGGGCGCUUCACAAACAUCGAGGUGGAGCGUGCCAUGGAGCGGGUAGAACACCUAAAAAGGAUGCUUAACGCACGUAUCAAACUACCAAACAGAAUCUACACCCUUAGCUGUGCAGAAGAUUUGCAGGGCGUAGAGUCAUUCAGGGAAGAUUUACUCAUUAAGAUGAAAGGUUCAGAUUCGAAAACUUUACCUGCAGCUUGGGCAAAGUUUCUGUCUUCGAUCCAGAGCAAAACCGACAAAAUUCUGUCAUGGGAGCAAACCAUGGAGAUCUUCCAGCAGGUCAUGUCUGACAUGAAACAAUCUGUAAUGGGGAUCAGUGGGUCAAUGGACGCCAGUCUGGCCACAAUUCUCAAGUACCUGCACGCGACAGGUGAAAUCGUGUGGUACCAUGAAAACCCCAAGCUCCAUGGAAUUGUCUUUCAUCGGCCGGAAACUUUGGUGGAGAUGUUGCGAGCCAUUUUCAGGCAUGACUUCAAAGAGGUGGUGAAAUUUCAGGAAACCUUUGGUCGUAUUGUUAAUCUGUCCCAGCAGCGAUUUGACCUUGCAAUGGAGGAAUUUCUGAUGAGAGGUAUGAUGCCUGUAGAACUUCUCCAGUUCUGCCUUCACCAGUUUCGCCUCUCAGUCGAUGCUCUCGACACGUUUGUCUCCCUUAUGCUGAAGUUCGACCUCUGCUAUGAAGUCCCAAAGACUUUGGGGUGCACAAAGUUGAUCUGGGCCCAGAAGGUCCUGCACUUCCCUUGGUUUCUAUCAGAGGACACCCCAAGUAAUGUGGAGACCCUGUGGCCAGCGAAAACACCUGCUCAUACCGUUGAGCUUAGAAUGAUCGUCCAGUUCCAACACAAAGGACCUCCGAAUUUCUUUGAAAAGUUCUCUGUGAGGCUGCAGAAACACAUAUUUGACAGGGUGGACUGGAAAGACGGGAUCUUUGCGCGUAAGAAUCGCUCCAAGAUGCUGGUGACAAGAGAAAAGUCAGAUGAGUUUUUCAAUGUCACGCUGGCUGUGCGUGGAAGUGACUUGCAGGAGUUGUGGUCCUUGGUUCUGGACCCACGCCGAGACAUGGUAGCAAUCCUAACAGAAUGGCCGUGUGCCAGGGUGGAGUUUUUCUCGGUCUGUCCUCACUGUAUAAUUGCAGGCAUUGACCCACCUGCAGUCUUCCCUGGGGAUGUAUUCGAGGCUCGCUGUCCCCGAGGGGUUUACCACUUCCAGUGCCCUAAGGAUGAGGAGGACUCUAUCCCAGCAUGCUUUAUCUACUCUUUAGACCAAGAUUUCCAGGAUGAUAUUAGCACACAUGUCAAAGUGGUGUCUGAUUUCCUACAGAAGGUCAAUGCUACUGACCACACAGGACUGUUGAGUGACCAGGGUUUGUCGUACAUCGCCGCCAACCUGAGCUUCGAGUGGGAGCAGGUGUUAGUGCUGCUGGGAAUGAAUCAGCAGACGCUCAACCAGAUCCGCAUGGACAAUUACGGUACCUUCCAGCAGAUCUUCACCGCCCUUAUCCACUGGCGAGAAAAACACGCUGACUCCACGGAUGGAGAGGUGCCCCCCUGCGAGGAGGCCGCGGAGAAGGUUCUGACAGCUUUGCAGGAGGCGGACAGGACAGACCUGGCUGAUACACUACGUGAGCGCUACGAGAUAUCAUCAUAGAGUUAAAUGAUCAAAGCUAUAGAUUAAUUUAUUAUCGAGUGCCCUGGUGAAGACCAACCCGGUGAAUCACACAAGCCAAGAGGAUCUCUCCCUUGACAUGCCUGGAUGAAGAUACUGGAAGCUACAAGUCACACUGAAGUAUUGGACCUGUCUUGCCUCCCCUUGUCUGGCAGUGAAAUGGUCCAAAAACCUUUGACCUCCAUGUAGUUGUAUUUAUAUUGGUUGAACUAUUCCCACAUUCAGUGCAUUAUAGUGUUUAAGAAUAAACCAUUUAUGAGGGAUGGGUGUAGUUGAUGGACGAGAGACAAGAGGGAUAAAUUUUCAAGUCCGAAAGGCCUAAACAGAGGAUGUGUAGUGAUGAAUUAUGGGAAGGAUUGCGCUAGAAUAUUGUAUUUUGAUACAGUUCUGUACAUAAUUCUUUGUUUUUUGUUUUGAGAGCACACCUUUGACAGAACAGUCAUUGACUUGGAUUGCUAGCAGCAGAGCAGUUAAAAGUCCUACGAGCAAACAUUCAUGGCUGGAUUUUGUGGACUCUGCAGGGUUUUCAUUGUUUUCAAGCAUACCACAAAAUGGCGACUUUCUUGUCGCCCGUUUCUGAAAAUAACUAGAACAUUUUGGCCGUGCACUGUCUUUGUAGUGGUUGAGCGACUUCUCAUGGAUGAGUGGCUUGACGUGUGUCAUAGAUCCAUGUGUCAUGCACGAGUGCUUGAGAAGUAGAGAAGACUUGAGAAGACUGGCAAGAUAAAGCACAGUGAAGGGUUGCUUCCCUUGGCUACCAGGAUGGUUUUGUAGCCUGACUGAGGUUCUGGGGAGGAUUUAGAAAAGGCUGGUUGACCAAACAGCGUAUAUGUAUACAAAGUGGAAAGUUUGCCAUGCGCCAUCAUGAAGCUAGAACAAUAGUUAGUCAUCCAUGUUAGUGUGGUACUGGCAUGGCCUGGCAUUGAAGCAUUCUCAAGCAUGACUGGCAAAAGUGUGUAGUGAUGGAAGCCAUAUUCCACAUCACGGCCAAAACUCGCAAAUUUUGUACAGAAAUCUUGAAUAACACCAAGGUCAGAGGGCUGAGGCAGAACAUGAUGACAGAAUACACACUACUUAUUCUUUUUUAUUCUUUUUUUUUUUGCCAAUAAUACACAGGCUUUCUCUUUUUCUAAAGUAUGAACGACCUGAUUCAAACCAACACACUGAUUUAUGGCGUUUCGUGCGAGGACAUUAGUGGUGAGGCUAAGCCUAAACAAACCUACGUGGGUUGCACAGUCGCCAAACAUCAAGCAUGGCUGUUGGUGGCAGUGAUGUAAAGCAAGCGGAGACAGUGGCACAAGCACUGUAAGGUGCUCGCAUGGAAGCCAUCUUUGGUGUGGCAGUUUUUGGCUGAUGAUCUGUGAACAGAUGCCUGGUUGUCCCUCAUGUGCACUAUGAAGGUAUUCUUGGAAUUAAAGUCUCUAUAUUGUCAUUUCUCUUGUCUCUCUCAGCUGGUACCACAUUGUACGGCGAGAUUUCUGCAUAUCUGGUAGCCCAUAUUUACCCCUCUUGUGUAUAUUGAUGUGGUUCAUGACCUCUGACCUUGUGCAGGUUGGCUGAGAUUUAUAUGCACGUUGGGACAAAACCAUUUCAAACAAAGGGAAGAUGCUACCCUGGAUCUUGCAGACUAUAGAUAACUGGCAUAGAGACGGCACACAGAUUGUGUUCCUCUGGUAUAACUGGCAUAGAGAAGGCACACAGAUUGUGUUUCUCUGGUAUAGCUGGCAUAGAUAAGGCACACAGAUUGUGUUUCUCUGGUAUAACAGGCAUAGAGAAGGCACACAGAUUGUGUUCCUCUGGUAUAACAGGCAUAGAUAAGGCACACAGAUUGUGUUUCUCUGGUAUAACAGGCAUAGAGAAGGCACACAGAUUGUGUUCCUCUGGUAUAACAGGCAUAGAGAAGGCACACAGAUUGUGUUCCUCUGGUAUAACAGGCAUAGAGAAGGCACACAGAUUGUGUUCCUCUGGUAUAACAGGCAUAGAGAAGGCACACAGAUUGUGUUUCUCUGGUAUGACAGGCAUAGAGACGGCACACAGAUUGUGUUUCUCUGGUAUAACAGGCAUAGAGAAGGCACACAGAUUGUGUUCCUCUGGUAUAACAGGCAUAGAGAAGGCACACAGAUUGUGUUCCUCUGGUAUAACAGGCAUAGAUAAGGGCACACAGAUUGUGUUUCUCUGGUAUAACAGGCAUAGAGAAGGCACACAGAUUGUGUUCCUCUGGUAUAACAGGCAUAGAGAAGGCACACAGAUUGUGUUUCUCUGGUAUAACUGGCAUAGAUAAGGCACACAGAUUGUGUUUCUCUGGUAUAACUGGCAUAGAGACGGCACACAGAUUGUGUUUCUCUGGUAUAACAGGCAUAGAGAAGGCACACAGAUUGUGUUCCUCUGGUAUAACAGGCAUAG